UGUCAAUUGAAUUUUACUUUAUCUGUGGGCGCCUCCAUUGAAGAAAAUGGCGGUUGUUGUAUAGUAAAAAUGGUUAAUCAAAUGAUCAUGUUUCUUUGACCACAUUUCAAUAGCAUCGCUAUUUAGAAUACCUUAAAGUAUUUAUCUAUCAUUUCUAGGCAAAGCCAGUUUCUCUGAUUCGCUAAUAGUUGCUUGUGAUGGAGUUAUAGUUCAACGCCAUAACGCGGUUUUCGGCGGCGUUUUGUUAGUGAAAAAUAUUGUUAAAUGAACAAGUGUGUAGUUACUCGUGUAGUAAACAUGCCUUAAAUAAAUUUAGAGACCCAGGUGUGAAUGUUCUUUAAUAACACAUUAAGAACCCCAGUGAUUUGUCACUAAAAGUAAUGAACUUAGUUUACAAUGGGUGAAACGGAAGAAUUUAAUACGCUAACCUUUGAGAAGAAGCUUCUGCAGUUGAAAGACACUCAGGAGAGCAUCCAAGGGUUGUCAUCAUGGUGCUUGAAGCAAAGAGCGCACCACAAAAAGAUAGUGGCGAGCUGGUUGAAUGUGCUGAAGCGAGUGAAGGUAGAGCAGAGACUCACGUUGUUCUAUCUGGCGAAUGAUGUGAUCCAGUACAGCAAACGGAAAAACUACGAGUUCGUGGAAAGCUGGGGCCUCAAUUUGCAGAAAGCUACUCCGCUUGUGAGAGAAGAGAAAGUAAGGCAAAAGAUUCUUCGGAUAUUUAAAAUCUGGGAGCAGAGAUCUGUAUAUGAUGAUGAGUUCCUCUCAGACCUGACCGGACUGUUGAGUGCCGGCGCCGUUAAAAAGACUGACGAUGAGGCUUUGGAUUUUCAACCUCAACAACUGGUAAAUAAAAUAAAGCAGUGUGCAGUAUUGGAGGCCGAUACUGACCUGAGGUUGAAAUAUAUCCAUGAGAGCCAUCUGCAGUUGUCAGAUGCUGAUGCCUUAUGUGCUGGUCUCAAGGAAACUAUAUCAGAGGAUAAAAGUAAUAAAGAGGAUGUGGAAAAGGAGUUAAACGAGGGCAUAGGAUGUGUGGAGAGGUACACCCAGGCCCUUCAGAGAGAGAUAGUUGCUCGGGAAGCCUUGUUGGCACUCCUUGCGUCCGCUAACCAGUACUAUUCAACUCAGAGAGGUGAAGUCAAAGUGGUGGCUUAUGCGUACAAGAAUUUCGGAGCCCGCGUGCGAGCUUUAAAACGGAAACUGGACGAGCUAAUACCAACCCUACCUACCGCCGCCCCGUCGCCCCCUCAGAGAGACGAGGACGUGCCCUCACCGGGGCCUGAUGAAGACCUGGAUCUGCCCAACGCGGGCGACGAGGAUAAUGAUGUGUCCUAUAACAUCGAUAAGACAUUCAACACGUCGCUGUCAGCGGACGGUUCACUGUACAACAUGGGUCUGUCGUCGUUCCUCAACUCUGACAACCCGCUCGCGUUGUUCAACGAGAGUCCUCCUAGCGCGCCCAACGUCAAUAGUGCCAAUAAAAUUGAAGUGAUAAAUUCGCGGCCGAGCGAGAACCAAGACUUCAAUAUCAACGAUUUCCUGAAAACGUUGGUGCCUAGUGAGAAUGCCGCUAAUUCAGAUAACAAUUCAGUAGCGAGCGGUACGAUGUCUCAAAAGUCUCAGGACGCGUUACCGGGCUUAGAUCUACUUUCGGACGGCGGGAACCCGCCACCACCCACCUCCUUCUAUGGCAGCAUACCUAACAAUAUUGUUUCAGAAGAACCCGAACCUUACCGGCCCGAGGCGCCGCAUUGGAAUAACAACUCAUGGAACAUGGUUCCGACGCCCGUCCCCGUGCCCUUGCCGGUGCCGGUGCCCGUGCCGGUGCCGGUGCCGGCGCCACUGCCGGCGCUGCCGGUGCUGGCGCCGGGCGCGCUGCCCGCGCCGCCGCCGCCGCCGCGCGCCUUCGCCGAGGCGCCCGCCUCCCCGCCGCACAAGCCCAACCUCGUACCCGAGAACCCCGUCUAUCCCAGGCCGGCGCCGGUUCCCGCGCCGCCGUGCGUGCUGGUGGACCUGUGCGAGUCGCCGCCGCACGAGCCCGUCAUUAUCCCGGAGAACCCCGUCUAUCCGAGGAAUAUACCCCAAGUGAAAGACAUUCCCGCCGCGGAUGUGGACCACCGAGGUAUCCUCCCCCCGCCCCCGCCGCCACCUGCUCUACCUAUUAUGGGCCACAUGGAAGACGUGGACCACAGAUUACUGCCCCUGCCGCCGCCUCCCAUGCCCGUCACGACCGCGCCGAGCCGGCACCCCGUACAACAAGACGUGGACCACAGGAACCUGAUCUCGCUCACGCACCAGGCGCCGCGCGCGGCGGCUCCCCGCCAGGUGGCGCCACCUAUCAACUUAGAUCAAGACUACAGAGUGCCGCCGAUGGUUCCACCAACGGACAUCGUGGAAAGCGUCGAUAUGGACUUGUCUGAGGAUGAGGACCAGCAAGGUAUGUUCCCCAGCCAACCCGUGAACGACCGCCGCAACAGCUUCAACAACAACAAAGUGCUCGUCGGCGGCGACAACGGCAAGCAACAACACAACCUGGUCCGCAUCAACAGCUCCUCCAGCGACCGCGAGCACCGGGACCCCGGCCCCCAGGGGCCCCACGGGCCUCAUUCGGCCCCCGCGCGUCCCAUGCAGAACCCCUUCGACAACAUGCCCCCGGACCUCAAAUACAACAUGCCCUUCCAGAAGUACCCGCAGGACUACGACGACAGAAACGCGGACUACGACAACAGAAACACAGAUUAUGACGACAGAAAGACGGAGGAAAGCGACGCGUACGAGGAGGACCUCCGGAGCCGGGGCAUCGAGAACCCCAACAUGAGGAACCCCUCCCCGCCCUUCGAGGGCUUCAGGGAGGACUGGAACCCGCCCAGGUUCCCCAACAACAGGUACCCCAGGAACUGGACCCCUCGAGACGCGAGGCCCAGGUUCAGUCCGCAGCAGUUCCGCGCGAGGCCGCCCAACCGGUGGCCGGGCCCGCGGCCGCCGAGGUUCUGGUGAUAAUGCCGCACCAUGUGGUAGACGUUCCUUAAACUUUUGGCGCGAGUUUUAGACGCGUUUUUGACGGUUGCGAGUAAAACGUUUGUGAAAAUUGAGAGUUGAG